CGCUUCUUCGUUUCCUCCCCUUCGUACCCAUUCCCUCUCACUCAACCAUAAGAGGAGGCAACGCAUCAUGGCAACGCCCCUCACAUUGACACCAUCAGCCUAUGCACUCCUCGUCCUCCACGCAGCGCGGCACCCACACUCAGCAGUCGUUGGAAUCCUGGUAGGCGAUGCGGCCACCUCUACCGUAAACCACGUCGUGCCCAUCGCACAUCAUUGGACCACUCUGGCGCCGGCGCAGGAUAUCGCUGUUGACCUGACUGCCGCCCAUGUCACUUCACAAGGGAAAUAUCAGCUUCUGGGCAUAUACGAAGCCCCGGCUAUCGCUAGCGUCGAGGAGCCUUCAGCCGCCGCUGUCAGGCUGGCGAUCAAGGCCUCUGCAGGGCAGGCUUCGAGCUCCAAGUCCUCCUCCUCCUCCUCCUCCUCAUCAGCAGCAUCGCAUAUCAUCGUCCUGCAAGGCUCGAAGCUCCUGCAAGGUGACUCGACCGAGUCCACAUCGCAUGGGCUGAUUCCGUACACUCUUCCGGCUUCUGCUGCGCCUACCAGCCGACCGAAGAAGACAGGAGGCGAUGCGGCAGGGAGUGGAAUUGUGGUUCAGGGGGCGGGCAAAACGCUGCAGACUGUCAAGGGAAUGGUGAGGGGGACGACGGGAGAAGCUGGAGCAUGGAAGAGGUUGAGAGAUUUCGAUGACCAUCUUGAGGACACGGCCGCCGACUGGCUCGACAAUGCUGCACUGGUCAAGUCCAUAGCUGCGGCAGGCGUAGCAGUCGCAUGAAGUAGCAAGUCCGGUAGAGAGAGGUAAAUAGGCUUGGGCCUCGUGGGUCAGCAGGGAGAUCAAGACGAGGGCGAGCCACACUUUAGCGAGAAAAGCAAAGCA